AUGUUCAAGCUCGCCGCCGGCCGGAGCAUGGGCCGACCCAGCUGUGAGCCGGGCGCAGGGGGCGCGCACACCCCGCCCUUCCUAUGGGCAGACGCUGGCCUCCGCCUGCCUCGCGGGAGCUGCCGCCUACAGCUGCGGCCCCUGCUGCUCCAGCUGCGCUCGGCUUCCGGAACCUACUUUUCUGCAAUCCUUAAUUUCCUGGCAACGGGGCUACGGAACUACCUCAGACGCCAAGGUUUUUAUAGCAACGGCGCCUCCCCGGUUUCCUCUCUUUCCAGCCUUCCUCCCCAGCUCCCAAAUCCCCCGUCCCCACGGCCCGUAAAAGGGCUCGUUAGACCUCUCCGUCUCCCCUCCUGCCGAGUAGCCCAAGAUUUCGACACAUCUGCUAGGGGAAUGUCAUCCACUUUUGCCAGGAAUGAGGAGAAAAGGGGCAGCCGGCCAUCCCAACCCACAACCCCUGCAACCUCACUGGGCUGCGAUCUGAAGGUUUCUCGCUCUGAGGAAUUCCUGACACGGAUCAGCACGGAACUCACUGACGAGGCCUUGUUUGUUGCUGCUUGCCACAUGAAUCCUGUGCCCAACAAGGAAAAACAGACACAAGACCGAGGGACUCAGAUAUCCAAACACGUGUUCUUCACCAAGACCCGAGGCACUGAUACCCGCUCAGACAGAAACCGUACCCGCACGAAGGCACAUCUCCUGCCAUCCCCUCGUGAGAAGGGAGCUCUGCCUAGCAACUUGACGUCUGGAGGAUGAUCCCAACUUUGGUGCUGCUCUUGGCCUCUCGUGCCCUCCCCCCACUCUGUCUCUCUGCAACAUGUCAAAGCUCCUCUUUCACCGCUCAUUGAACAGUUCAGUUCUGGGGGCGUUCCUGGUCGUGAGCAACAUCACCCCUGAAGCCUCCAAAGUGUUCCAGAACCAUCAGACACCUUGCCACCCUCAACUGGCAAGGACACCACCAGCAAUGAAAAGCUUUAAUAAAGAGACAGAGAUCCUUCCCUCCUCUCAA